AUGAUACAGAAAUUGGAAUUCGCUUUCCUAUUUCAGAUUCCAAUCGGCAUCUUGAAACCAGCCCGGUUGAGAAAGGAGGAGGGUUGGAGACCGUGGCGAAGUCUCCAUAAAAGUUCUCCAUCUGCCACUCAUCGUAUUGACGCCACCGAAAAUUACACUGGCCCGGACGUCACCCGAGCUACCAAGGGCCGCGCAGGCUGUUCGGGGAUUGAGGCACACGGCGAAAACUCGGCGGUCAGACCCUCUUCAUCGCUCUCUGCCAACCUGGGACGUGGCAACACAACGACGGCUGACGAAGAUCGACGCAACGACGACGAAGAUACCACGUUCAAGAAAUGGCUUGGAAACACAGAGCCUUCUACUCACGCGCGAUAUAUCGAGGCACGCAAGGCAGCAGCCAUAGCAGUGGCAAAAGCCAAAUCUGAUUCCUGGGAGAAGUUCGGCGAGGCGUUGGAGUCGAAUUUCUACACGGCAAAAAAAGUAUUCUGGCAGACCAUCCGCCGGCUCCGAGAAGAAAAGAACGGCAGUCUCAAAGUCCUGAAGGACAGAACUGGACACUCUUUUAUCAAGGAUGAUGACAUUCUUCGGCGAUUGAGGGAGUACUUUGAGGAACUCCUUAACCCCACGCAACCGCAGGAAGACUCGCCUGUAGAGCAGAAGGGCGAACAAGGCAUGUGCUGGCUAACACGUGUCUGUCAGACUGCGAUGACCGCGGGAAAGACACCAGCGGACUGGAGAACGGGAGUUAUUGUACCCGUAUUCAAGAAGGGAGACCACAAAGAAUGCUCCAAUUAUAGGGGCAUAACGUUAUUGAGCCUCCCAUGUAAAGUCUGUGCAAAGGUGCUGGAAAGGAGGUGCUGCGAAGUCGAGAAGUGCUCCCUAAAGAAGCACGCAGCCAAGUGCGACGUGACCGGCAUGCGUGGGAACGCAUCUAAAACGAAAAGCCUAGUGUUUUCUCGUUCUUCUGCCCGUUGCUCUCUUCAGAUUAACGGAGAGGCAGUGGAGCAGGUGGAGAAGUUCAGACGAGUCGCUGGCCUUGCGCUGAACAUGGUCGGAAAAACAGAUGUCCUUGAUGUGCUUGGUGUAGAACGGCUGUUUCUUCAGAUUGAGAAGACACAGCUGCGAUGGUUUGGCCGUGUGUUGCGAAUGCGUUCAGAAGAAAAGGAUAAGCAGCUCUUUCUUGCAAUCCGACCGGCAGAAGGCCCAAGGGACUCGACGAUGUUGCUGAUUUUCACUUUUGCUUGCCUUCUUCUUGUCGCCAACGGAGAAAUGAUGCCUGGUGCUCCUGUUGAUCAGGAUACCACAGAUCCGAAGGCCAUCGAAGUGGCGUGCGAUGGCGUGAAAGCACUGAACAGAAAGCUGACAGGCAAUGUUCAUCAACAGCUGGUCGGAAUCAAGAGCUUUAAAACACAAGUCGUCAGUGGCAUAGCGUACACCGUUAAGUUUUACGUGGCGGAGUUCAUGAAUCAGCCGAGCCACCCUGGUGAAAUGAAGCAUCCUACGGUUGUGAAACUUUGUACAGUUUCACGCAUCGAUCGGCCUUGGGAUCCAAUUCCUCCUUCGACGAACGUAGAAGUACCUUGCGAAAGUGUGCCAGCUGGCCAAGGUCCGAAGCAUUUGCAGAAGAUAAAAUGCUAA